GGCGGUUAAGGAGGAGGAGGGGCUGAGGGAAGCGAGUCUCGCCGUGCUCCUCGUCUCGGGCCGUCCCGCCUACGAGACGGGAGCCGGUGGCGCUUCUCUAGGUUGCCAUCUCUGGCGUUCCAUUCCUGAUGGACGGUUGUGGGGUUGGAGAAAUAGUGUGGCCGGUUCCACGGAACAAAGGAGGGAGCCAGGGCGGGCUUCGGGACAGCCCCAGGAACGCUCCCUAAGAUGGCCGCCGCCGCGCGGGUGGGUGGAGCCUGAAUUGCUUCCGUAGCGGGCCUGGGCGGGGCGGUGAAGACGACUGGCACUCAUGGCUGCCGCCCGGGAGCCCCACGAGUCGGAGAAAAAGCCCUUCAAGCUCCUAGGUAUUUUAGAUGUUGAGAACACUCCAUGCGCUCGGGAAUCUAUACUCUAUGGCUCAUUAGGAUCUAUUGUGACUGGACUUGGACAUUUCUUGGUGACCAGUAGAAUUAGAAGAUCGUGUGAUGUUGGAGUAGGAGGAUUUAUCCUGGUGACUUUAGGAUGCUGGUUCCACUGUAGGUAUAAUUUUGCUAAGCAGAGGAUCCAGGAAAGAAUUGCCAGAGAAGGAAUAAAAAAUAAGAUUUUAUAUGAAAGCACCCACCUUGAUCCUGAAAGAAAAAUGAAGAGCAGUAACAGCAGCUGAACAACUUCAACUUUAACCCAAACACAACUGCUCCUUGUGAAUCAACCAUAAAUUAAAACUCAAAGUGUGAACUGUAUUUAUUGUGUUACUUACAUGAAACCCUUUUGUUCUUUACUGUUAGUACAGUAUGUUUGUUGGAACUGUCAUGCCAGAAAACAUGGUGUGUAAAAACCUUCCUAAGGUUAAUUGUCAAGCACCAUCAGACUGAAGGAGAAAUUACACCUGAGCAAGGAUAUAUAUCCAUUACUGGCCCUUUGUGUCAAGAAAAGCCAAAAGGAAGAGAUUAUUUUGUUGUUCACCUAUCCUUCAACAGAAAGACUGCUUUCCUUUUGAUCACCAUGAAGGCCAGGAUGCAGAAAUGGACACAAAGAUUUUCAUCACUAGUAGCAGCCCCAAUAUUUAAUCAAUGAUGAAAGUUGAGUUUGUAGUAGGUUGAUGAUGGUUAAGGUCAAUCUAAUAUCCUAACAAGUGGUGGACAGUGUACUUAUGCUCUUAGCCUUAUCACUAUGAAAAACCAGAGAUUUGAAUUCCCUCCAGCUUUAUGUUGCAAUUAUAUCUUACCCAGAGACCUCUCUUGGCUGAUAACAUCUUCGCUACUUACCAAGUUCAUUUUCACAGCAGCACAACUGGAUAAAGAGAGUCACAAAGCAUUUAGUUUGUAAUUUAACAAUUUCACUGUAACCUAGUCUUCCCUUCAGUAUCCCAGUGUUGGUAUUACACGUGUGAACUACUACUAUGUUCAACUUAACUCAACCUAAUUUCAUCCCAUCUAAUUAAGCUGAGCCUCUUGCACAGCAGAAAUUUUUGCUAACUUUACAUUUUCCUUAGAAACUUCUGGGUGUUCUAUUUUCUAUAAUGGGUCAGUCAGGCACAACUGAGUUCCAAAAUUCUAAGACAAUAAAUAUGCCCACCCCAACCCAAACUUUUACACUGAAAAUUUUAAAUUCAACGUACCUUCUAUGCCCUCCGUGUGCACUGCUUCCUUCAUUGUCCUGAUAAUCCCGAAAUGUCAUACUAGGUGAUAUAGCAGUAGGUACCAGCCAAAAAGCUGAUUAAAAUAGAAUGGCAGUGUUAGUAGUUUUGAAGUUUUGGGGUAGCUUAUCUACCAUUCCUAGGCUGUAAUUCCUCCCCCCCUUUCCUCAACCCCUCCCUCUUUGAUUCCUUGGUUUUCCAUCUUAGUAUAAGGACCACAGGGAGAUUUAAUAGGAAGAGCUUUUUUUCUGGACUUGUGACUUAUUGACUGAGUGGCAACAAUAAAUCUCAACUAUGCUAAAACCA